GAUUGGUGGGUUCAAAAGCACAGUUCAACAGUUGUACAAAGUAGUGGAAGUUCGAAACAGUGCGCCGCGGUCUCGCGUCCAGUUUUUCUUCGAUAGGGCCCAUUUUUACUGCGUAAAAUGGAAAGGGGAAGGAGGUACAAGAACAAGGGGUUGCAGUUCUCUUCAGCAGAAGACAGCCGUGCUCUCCGCGCUAUUGAUGCACGAAUGGGACGCAGAGCCCUGCGUGAUGCAUUGAUUAGCCGAAAACGAAUGGAUGGAUGUGAAGCAACCACAGCAAAGUCAAUGGAAAUGAGCUUGAAAAGGAAUAAUAGACCUGGCCUAGCAGAUGUAACCAGUGAUUAUCCCAACAAGAGCAUUAGAGAGCAUGAAUUGCAACGAUAUGAACAAUUGUUGAAAUGGAGAGAGGAAAGGAGGAAGAAGUUGAAUAUUGAGAAGAGAACUCGGAAACCAUCAUUCAAAACAGGAGUAUUUCAGCCGGAUCAGCCCAAAUUCUUGGUAUCCGAUGAUGUAAAGCAACCGGAUUCCAAGAUCUCUACCCCUGCAAAACCCCCACCUUUCAAGUACCUCCAGAGAAGUUCAACAAAAUAUGGAUUCACUCCUGGUGCAUCAUCAAAGAAAGUCCAUAGAUUAUGUGCUGGAGUAACACCAACAACAUCAAUAGCUAAGGUCCCAAAAUUUAAUUUAAGAACAACUCCUAACCAGUCCCUAGGAAGAGCAGCUAUAUUGCAAACCAAAGCUGUUGAUCAAAAGGAAAAUCUUAACAGCAAUAUUAUGACUUCCAGUAGGAAGACAGAAGAUAAAAGUCACAUUCAAAGGAAAAACAGAUCUGUGCACGGAAUGGACCUGAAAAGAGUUCUUAGAAAUAAAAGUACAAGAAAGCGAAUAGUUUCCAUGGACACUGAAGACUUGGGAGUAAAGGCACUUCCAGCCACACCUGAUAGCACAGAACUUCAGAGAAAUCGUAGAAGUGGAGUAAAGGCACUUCCAGCCACACCUGUCAGUAUAGAGAUUCAGAGAAGUCGUAGGAGUGGAGUAAAGCCCCUUCCAGCCACACCUGUUAAUAUAGACAUUCGGAGAAGUCGUAGAAGUUUUGUCAGACUCCAGCCUGAGGUAGCGGGAGAUGCUCAUUCAUCAGAGAGUGUAUCAUUUGCUCCUGAAAACUUUGAUUUUAACUUUGUUGCAACAUUGAAGGAUGGGGAACCAGCAGCAGGGAAUGUUGCACCAGCUUUGACUUUUGAAGAAAAGGUUGCCACAUCAAGGAAGGAAAUUUCAAGAUCUAGCACUGAUAUGUCAGUCAACAAUAGUUUCUCUGAUGAUCCAACAAGUACAAAUGAAUCUGUCAGUAAAGUAAAUGAAAAUAUUACAAAUUGUGAGGUGGAAGAAAUGUACAAUGAAGUUCCAACCAGUGGCAGAGAGUUGCCGGAAGAAAAAGAUAUCUCUGAAAUUGGAGAAAAGGACAAAACUCCUGAUUGCGAGAAAUCUUACAAAAUGUUUAUUGAUGAGGAAGCUCUUAAAGAUGAAACAGAUGGUACUGGUGAAUUAAAAGUUGUUGAAAGAAAUAUAGAAAUGAAACAUGAAAAUGAAUUAGAAAAUGAAAAUGUAUUAGAGGCUGCCAAGAAAGUUGAAGAGUAUAUUCCUGCAGAAAUUGUGCAGAAUAAUUAUGUACAGCAGGAGGAGACUGUAAGUCUCAAAUCUGAUCUUGAGGUAGAUCAUGAUAUAGAAAAUAGCAAAGAAAACAAAGGUAUUGCUGAUUGUAACAAAGACCUGCUUAACCCAGAUGACAUUUGCAACCUAAGUUUAGUGGCCAAAACACCAAUGUCUGCUCUGCGAAGGAGCACCAGACGCUCUGCAAGAAUUAGUGGCUGUAUAGACACCACUUUGUCACCAGUGAUGUCAAAGUUACGUCCUCGCACACCGUGUAGUCGCUCAACACGUAGAUCUAUGAAUGCCCACACUGAUUUUAUGAUAGACCAAAUUGCCACACCUAGAGUACAGAAGUCGUUGAGGAAAAGCUCACGACGUUCCAUUAAAAGAUUGAGGAGUGAGGAUGCUAAAGAUUUAGUAGUUCCCCUUGUCUUUGAUGACAGUGAGUUAGGGGAUUCUGAUAUGAAGAGCCAAGAACUUGUUCCAGAAUCCAGCAUAGUAUUGGAAGAGGAUAUUAUUGAAGAGGAAGCUGAAGUUAAAACAGUGUCACCAUCAGUGAAUGUUAAGAGUCCAAUUCCAGAAACAAUUGAAGUGAUGCAAACACCCAAGGCAGAAAAUAUGGUUACUCCACGCUCCUCCAGGCGCAAGGGAAAAGUUUCAUGGAUGGUUCACGAAAGUCCUUACAUAAAUACAGAGAAGAGAUCAGGAAAUUCAAAACGUAGUGGAGUUCCUUCUGACAUCAUUUCACUAUUUGAUGAUGUUCCAACUGAUGGUUCUCCUCUUCCAGCUCAUUUAACACCUUUGAUAAAUAAGUGUCGUAGUGAUCAAGGACAGUCUCCAAUAUUGCCAGAAGCACCAAUAAGUUUCUCAAUUGAUGAAGGUCAGGUUACCGAUUCCCCAGAAGAACAAACUUGCUCUAACCUUCUUGACCUUUUAAAACCCUCCACUCCUCUAGCAAGAAAUGAUACCCCAGAUGUAGAUGUUUGGGGGGAGGAGAGUCCUGAGGUUGUUGACAAUAGUGCUAUUUUGAUAUCGGUAGAUGCAAGUACAACGAUACCAGCCUUGCCAGUCCUACCAGUAACCAGGAGAUCAUGUCGUAUAAGUUUGCUCCCAGGGUUAACCGAAAGUCCAGCAAGUGGAAAGCUUACUACUGUUGAUGAAGAUUUGAUUGCCUGGGAAACUCCUAUGAUGUCAGCCAAGAAAACAAAGAAGAUAGAAAAGGAUAAACCACGAGCAACCCCAUCACGUCGUUCUCGUAGAUUAAGCAAGGUGUGUCCGGAGUAAGUUUCAUAGUAAUUAUUAAUUAACGUUACUACUAAAGGGUAUAGAUUUUCACUUUUGAAAGUUAUUUUCUUACCAGCUGUCAUGUAUUGAAGGUAAAUUAUUUUGUAAUAUAUAUCCAAGAAAGGGUAUAUAACACAGGUAUUUCUAGUAGAAUGGUUUAAUAAUAUUGAUACUUUCUGAUUUUGUUGAAUUGUUUACCUCUUAAGAUGAAGUACUGUAUUAUGAUUUCCAUGACCUAGCUGUUUUGUGCCUGUUACAGAUCCACAUUUUAAAAAAUAUCCUUUUACUCUAUACUUAUUGUGUUAGGUAGUUUAAAGAGCUGAAAAACCAUUAUUUUUUUUGCUAUUAUAUACUAACGUAAAUUUAAUAUCAUUCUCUUGUUUAAUGAGAGAGAGAGAUAAUAGUGACUUUUUAAGUGCUUUGGUUUUUGUUAUUCCAUCAUCAGAACAGAUAAUGCUUAAAUAUUGUGUUACAGAAAAAAAAGCUGUAAAAUACUGAUUCAGUAUGAAGAAAGGCUGGAAUUUUAUUUGUUAUGAAUACUCUUAUCAUUAGCUACUAUAGUUAUUUUUAAUGUAAAUAUAUAUAUUUUGCUUUUCACUUCCUUGAAUUAUCUUUCUUUUUAAGAACAGUUCCAUUCUGUCCCCUUUUCAGGAUAAGAAAUAAUCAUUUACAUUUCCACAGCUUUAAAUUGUAUAUAUGUAUUGAUUUGUAGUAAACAUAAGCAUUCCCCCAAAUUUGGUUUUUGUAUUAUAUAUGAAGUAUUGAAGUGUUAAUUUUUAUAUAACAUUACAGAAAUUUAGUUUUCAGGUACAUUCUAAAGUAGUUUAUAUUAUAGUGUAUUUCAAAAGCAGGGAUUGCUUAUUUUGUAUGUGUAAAUUCAGAGCCCAAUGAUUUUUAUUUGUUCCUAUGGAAGUGUGAACCUUUGCCUUUUAUAUAGGGAUAUCCUUCAGUGUGAGGUGGAAAAGUUGAAAUUGGUAAUAAAGUCAUUAACAGGUGGCUUAAGGGGGGGGGG